UGCGCCGGCGGCGGUGGCGGCGGGUCCGUCGCGAGCGGCGCGCCUCGAAGGGGACACGGCCAUGGACCCGCCGCGGAUCUUCCGCCCCACCGGCCCCAGGAGCGGGCCCGGACCCGGYCCCGGUCCCGUCAUCUCCCAAGCGCGGGGGCUCCGCGGGCUCGCGGGAUUCACCCCCCGCCUGCCCUCAGCCGGCCCCGCUGAGCCUCGUCCCACGCCAUCGCCGUUUCCCGCGCUGUUCCGCGGGCUGGGUCUGGGCGAGCGGCCCCGCGAGAGGCCUGUGGGCCGGGGCGGCGCUGGCGAUGGGAAGGCUCUGGUUCAGCCCGGCCCGGUGCAGCAGGAGGAGGAGGAGGACAAGGGGGUAGCUCAGGCGGCGCUCCCCACGCGUGGGCAGAUCCUGUGGAAAGGCAGAGGGGACGCGCUGCCCACCCAGCCUGGAAGAGCCGCCGCUGCGCCCGCCCCGUGCCCACCCAGCCCCGAGCCCUGCCCGCCGCCCACACCCGACCCGCAGAGCCCCCCGGCUGCUGCCAGGCCGACUCCGGGGACAAAGCCGGGGCCGAAGGGAGCCACGGUCCCCGUGGGGCUGAACUUUGUAAAGAUCCACUGCCAGAACGAAGCUGUCUACCAGUACCAUGUUACCUUCAGCCCUGAGGUGGAGUGCAGGAGCACCCGCGUGGCCUUGCUGAAGGAGCAGCACGCCGUGACCGGGGACGUGAUGGCCUUUGACGGCUCCAUCCUCUUCCUGCCCACCCAGAUCCCCAAGGUCAGYCUGAAGGCUCAGAGGAAGGGCAGCGGGGAGGAGGUUUCCAUCAACAUCCACAUGACCAAGAUCCUGGAGCCCAGCUCAGAUCUCUGCAUCCCCUUUUACAAUGUGGUUUUCCGCAGGGUGAUGAAAAUCCUAAACAUGAGCCUGGUUGGGCGGCAUUUCUUCGAGCCUGCCCAGGCCACCACCCUWCAGAAAUACAGCCUCCAUAUCUGGCCGGGAUACGCCGUCAGCAUCCGCAGGAAGGACGGGGGGCUCUUCCUCAUGGUGGACGCCAUCCACAAGAUCAUCCGCAGCGAGUCCGUGCUGAGCGUGAUGCAAACCAUCCACUCGCAGAGCCAGAGAACAUUCCAGGAUGAGUGCACCAAGCAGCUGGUGGGGAGCGUGGUCAUGACCCGCUACAACAACCGCACCUAUCGYGUGGAUGACAUCGACUGGGACAAGACCCCCAAGGACACUUUCACCCUGGCCAGCGGCCAGGAGAUCACCUUUGUGGAGUACUACAGCAAGACCCACGGGAUCACCAUCAGGGAGCUGGACCAGCCGCUGCUCAUCCACAAGCCCAAGGAGAAACAGAUGCCAGAUGGAAAGCGCCAGCUGGAGAUGGUGCUGCUUGUCCCGGAGCUCACCUUCCUCACUGGACUCUCCGACCUCCGCAAGAACAGUCGGAUGCUGAAGGAGGUGAUGUGGGAGAUGAUCCAGAGCCCCCAGCAGCACUACCAGCGCCUCACCAACCUCCUGCGCCGCAUCCGCGACACGCCGGACGCUUCCCGGGAGCUGGAGCGCUGGGGGCUGUGCCUGGACACCGACAUCUACCGGACCCAGGGUCACGUCCUGCCCGUGGAGCGCAUCAACCUCCGGCACCGCUCCUUCCUGCCCGCCGACGACCUGAGCUGGCACCGCGAGGUGACCAAGGAGGUGCCCAUCGCCGUGAUCUCCAUCAAUUCCUGGCUCCUGCUCUAUCCYAAGCGRCUKCAGCACGUGGCCAAGGACCUGCUGGCAGCCAUGAGGGGCAGCUGUGGGGCCAUGGGGAUGCAGGUGGGACAGCCCACGGUGCAGGAGCUGCGCGAUGACCGCAUCGAGAGCUACGUCAGGGCCAUCCAGAGCUCUUUGGGGAGCCAGGACAAGGUGCAGCUGCUCCUGUGCAUCAUCCCCAGCGGUCGGGACGACGUCUACGGUGCCGUCAAGAAGCUUUGCUGCGUGCAGAGCCCAGUGCCCUCGCAGGUCAUCAACGCCCAGUCCCUGAUGGGCCAUCCUGGAAAAAUCCGCAGCGUGGUGCAGAAAGUUCUGCUGCAGAUCAACUGCAAGCUGGGCGGGCAGCUCUGGGGGGUCGAUAUCCCACUGGUAAGGCAGRAAAACCCCAAAAAGAGGCCUGGGAUGGGAUUGGAAGCACUGAGAAGGGUGAAUUGCUGGGGUGAACCAGCUGGAGAAUUGGGGUUGGAUUCUUUGGGCAUCCUCACCAAGUGGUACUCCAAGGUGGUUUUCCAGAUGCCCCACCAGGAAAUCGCCGACAGCCUCCGCCUCUGCCUCUCCCAAGCCCUCAAACGCUUCUACGAGCUGAACCACUUUCUGCCCAUGAAAAUCGUGGUGUACCGAGACGGCGUCUCCGACCCUCAGCUGGACACRGUGCUCAAAUAUGAGGUGCCCCAACUCCAGAAAAGCUUCCACACUUUCCAAAAUUACCAACCCAGCCUGGUGGUGGUGGUGGUGCAGAAACAGCUGAGCACCAACUUUUACUGCCUGACUGGAAAAGAGUUGGUGCCCCCUCCCCUGGGCACUGUCAUCGACCACAGCGUCACCAGCAGCUCGGGGUGGCAGGAUUUCUUCCUGUUGGCCCAUCACUCACGGCAGGGCUGCAGCGUCCCCACGCGCUACAUCUGCAUGUGGAACACGGCCAAGCUCAGCUCUGAGCACCUGCAGAGGCUGACCUUCAAGCUGUGCCACAUGUACUGGAACUGGCCCGGCACCGUGCGGGUGCCCGCUCCCUGCAAAUACGCCCACAAAUUGGCAUUCCUGGUGGGUCAGGUCCUGCACCACGAGCCCAGCGCCCACCUCUGCGAGCAGCUCUUCUUCCUUUAACCUUCCAGGACCUGGGAUUGCACUGGGAAAACCAGAAUUGCACUGGGAAUGCCCGAAAUUCUGCUCCCCACCACGGGGAUUUUGCUGAGUUUGCUCCCCUGCCAGCAAAAUCACGGGGAUUUUCCUCAAUUCCCCGUCUCGCUGUUGGUUUGUUGUUUUGUUUGUUGGGUUUAGAGGAUUUUUGGGAUCGUGGCACCAUCCCAGAGCUGUGGGUUCUUGGGAAUUCUCUCCAAAGGAAUAUCCCUGCUGCUUUCCCAUUAAAAGAUUUGAGUUAACGAACCCCAAAGGUGCUGCUGUCCCAACAGCUCCAAAAAUUUUGGAGGUUUUUCUCCCCAUUUUUCCAUCGCUGUGGAGGUUUAAAGUUGUUUUUUUUUUUUUUUCCUGGGAUUUUUCGAGCUGCUGUUGAACACAGCAGCUCCAGUUUGGCCGGUUCUCCCGUCCUUGAGGAGUCACUGGUUUUCCAAGGAGAAUUCUUUACGGAUUCAGGUCGUUACCCCAGGGAAAGGUUGGAAGUUUCACCUAUUUCAGGUGCUUUUUUCGUGCCUUAUUCRAGGGAAGUUGGAAUUCCCUCAUUUUUUCUGCUGUAACCAGUGUUUUUUUGGUUUGUUCCAAUAAAAUUCUUGCUCCCUC